UCGCUGUUCUCCCCCUCCCAUAACCCCCCGCGCCGGCCGUUGUGCCCGCCUCUGUAAAGAUGGCGACGGUGUCGGUGUUUCCCGGCGUGCGGCUCCUCAGUAUCGGGGACGCGAACGGGGAGAUUCAGAGACACGCGGAGCAGCGGGAGCUGCGGCUGGAGACACGGGGAGGGGAUAUAGCGCUGUAUAAUGCAGAAAAUGUCUGCGUAUUCAAGUGCACGAUCAGCGCGGACACAGAGUGCAGCCGCGUGGGGAAGCAGUCCUUUAUCGUCACUCUGGGCUGUAAUAGCGUCCUGGUGCAGUUUGCCACCCCGUCAGAUUUCUGUUCAUUUUACAACAUUAUCAAGAACUGCAGGUGUUCAUCUUUGGACAAAAGUGUUUUUAGUGAGCGCACAGAGGAGUCCUCAGCAGUGCAGUACUUCCAGUUUUAUGGCUACCUGUCACAGCAGCAGAACAUGAUGCAGGAUUACGUGAGGACCGGCACUUACCAGAGAGCCAUCCUGCAGAACCACACAGACUUCAAAGACAAGGUUGUCUUGGAUGUUGGCUGUGGUUCAGGGAUCCUGUCCUUCUUUGCAGUCCAGGCUGGUGCUCGCAAGGUGUACGCUGUGGAAGCCAGCAGCAUGGCGCAGCACGCGGAGCUACUGGUGAAGAGUAACAACCUGACUGAUCGCAUCGUGGUGAUACCAGGGAAAGUGGAGGAGGUGUCUCUUCCGGAACAGGUGGACAUUAUUAUUUCCGAGCCCAUGGGAUACAUGCUUUUCAAUGAGAGGAUGCUGGAGAGUUACCUACACGCAAAGAAGUUCCUUAAAAGCACUGGUAACAUGUUUCCAACGAUCGGAGACGUCCACCUAGCUCCAUUCACAGAUGAGCAGCUCUAUAUGGAGCAGUUUACAAAAGCCAACUUUUGGUAUCAGCCUUCCUUCCAUGGCGUAGACCUCUCCGCACUGCGUGGAGCUGCUGUGGACGAAUAUUUCAAACAGCCCGUUGUGGACACUUUCGAUAUACGAAUCCUGAUGGCCAAAUCCGUGAAGUAUACAGUAAAUUUCUUGGAUGCCAAAGAGUCUGAUUUGCACAGGAUAGAGAUUCCCUUCUCUUUCCACAUGCUCCAGUCUGGCCUGGUACAUGGCUUGGCGUUCUGGUUUGAUGUCGCUUUCAUUGGAUCCAUAAUGACUGUCUGGCUUUCCACUGCCCCCACUGAACCCCUCACUCACUGGUACCAGGUACGCUGCCUAUUGCAGUCGCCGCUCUUCACCAAAGCCGGAGAUACCCUGUCUGGGACGGUUCUGCUCAUUGCUAAUAAGAGGCAGAGUUAUGACAUCAGUAUUGUUGCUCAGGUUGAUCAGACUGGGUCCAAAUCAAGUAACCUGCUGGAUCUGAAAAACCCCUUCUUUAGGUACACAGGCAGCACUCCCUCUCCUCCGCCUGGCUCACACUACUCAUCGCCUUCUGAGACUAUGUGGAACACAGCAGGGGCGUACACCAUGAACACAGGAAUGGGCAUGGGAGGAAUGCCCACGGCGUAUGAUCUCAGCAGUGUUAUAGCCGGAAGCUCAGGCAUCAGCCACAGUAACCUCAUCCCUUUAGGUGAGCAGCCUGCGGCCAUGUGUUCUCCUUCAUCUCUGCACCUGGAGCCCCAAGACCUGACACUCGGAACCUCCACUAACACGGGAAUCGUUAAUCACACCCACUCCAGAAUGGGAUCUAUCAUGAGCACAGGCAUCGUCCAAGGAUCGGCCACAGGACAAGCUGGUUCCAAUCCCUCCACCCACUACCCAGUCAACAACCAGUUCACCAUGGGUGGCCCGGCCAUCUCUAUGGCAUCCCCCAUGUCUAUCAAUACCAACACAAUGCAUUAUGGGAGUUAAAAUUGGUUCACACUGCCCCACAACCCUCUGCUUCUCUUUCCCCCACCUCCACCCCCCCUUCCCCCUGACCUAUUCAAACUGACAGCAACAGGAUACCAAAUGACGCAGGGAUGUCUCUGCAUUGCCUCAUCCUUAUCUUUGCAGAACCUAUAAGCAGAACUCUGCAUUCCUUACUUCCUCCCACUCCUUGUAUCCCCAUCCCGUAUUCUAAUCCUUUUUCCAUUUGUACCAUAACACAAAGCAGGGCGCUUUGCUUUCCGAAAUAAUGGACUUGUACAUUUUUUGUUUUUUAAAGAAAUUCUAAAAAUAUCAUGCAGUGUCAUAAAAAAAAAAAAAAAAAAAAUGCAGCAAAUGGAAAUCGUGAGAAACUGCCUGUACGUUACCAAGGAGAAGAAAAAAAAAAUCAUGUAUUGCUCUUUCAGCAUGUGCAGGUGUCUUAUACUGGACUCUUCACUUUAUUUUUAUGGCCCCCGGGCAUUGCUGUGAAUUAGUAUUCUGAUUCUGUACAUUGAAAGGGAAAGGGGGGAAGUUGAGGAGGCUUUACAAGCAGUAGACUGCUCUGCAACACGAGAGUUGUGCUGACUCUGACCAGGGAAAGGGGUGUGAGGCUAUUUAAGUUGGUGGGGAAUAUUUUUACAGUUCAUUUACUUCCAGCUGCUGGUUUCUGCCCUUUGGGAAGCAAAUAACGUGCCCCCCCCCCCCCUCCCCUUAAUUUGAUUCACUCCUCCCCCUAUUUGCAGUAAUACGUCGUCUUUCAUUAGGGUGGGGACUGGAUCAAGUUCAGAUUGUACAGACACCUCUGCUGUAGUCACCCUAAACAUGGUCCUUUUUGUUUAGUUGACGGUGUAUGGUAUCUGGAAGAAAAGAUGGUAGUCUCCAUUAAGUUUUGAGAUUCCUCCAAAACAUUGCAUUAGGGCUCGUAAAAUUAAUUGCUUAGAGAUGCGGCUCAGUAUGUACACUCUGCAGUCUAGGUAUGGUUACAGUGUGUACCGUUGUGGCAGCCAUUUUCCAAUAUCCUUAUGAUCUGGUCUGUGAUGACACAAGUUGUUGUGAUGUGAUAGACUGCUGGGUAUUGGUUUUUGCCAGAGAUGGUUGCCUUCAUGAAGCACAGGAGUAUAUGGUCUCCAUCGAAAUACCAGGGAUCCUAAGCUACUCAUAAGUCUAAAAUCCCCCACCACACCCCUCUUUUUAAUUUAUUUUUUUAAGACCUGAAUUGAAAAACUUGAUUAGAAUUGUUUGCAUCACAUGCAUUGGUAAUGGGCCAAUUGUACAUCAGAAUACCAAUGCAGAAGAAUAUAACGUAUACAUUGUAAUGGCAUGCUUCUAGUCUGUACAGUGUAACAGUGAAAGUGUCAUUUGUAAAGGUAGGGUUGGCACUUGGAGAAAUACAGCCAGAUUGUAUUCCAAGCCUUUUGCUAUUUUUCUGGGAACAGAAUCUUAACAGUUGCGUUUUUUUAUUUUAUUUUAUUUUUUUUAUAGAUAGGGAGGUAUCUAAUUUGCUGCAGGAAUUUGCGAGGACAGUGUUUUAAAGAGAAUUAGUAGCUGUCAAUUCUCAAUCAUUCUAUACUUGGCUGUAGCAGCUUUCAGCCUCUGCCUGUUGUCCUACCUCCACACCCUAAUUACUGUUUGUUUAAGUUUGGUAACGGCUGUAUUGACCAGACUUUUCUAAGAUAUCACAAUGCUGGGAGCCUAUGUCAGGCUGUGAGGUCAUAUGGAUUAUAAUCGUAAUAGACUGUAGCUGGGUUUUAUGUACAAAACGCUAAGUCUGUAUGUGGCUCUAUGGAGGGAUGGUAGCUGUAAUCAUUGUUGCUGCUGGACUUUGGGUCUUUUCCAUGGAUAGAGGGCCCAGGAAGUGCAGAAGUAAAUGUGAAGCUCUUACUGGACGAAUGACAGUCUGUUUUCCCCAGAAUCCGUUAAGCUGGACUCGCCUCAGUCUCCCAUCCUCUACCUCUGCUUUUCCAACUUUGCUGCAAAGUGGAUAAAGCAUGUUCUGAAUGCAUCCGUCCUUUUCAUUUUUUUUUUUUUCUUUGUCCAUGUUUAUAUUCUCAAUAGUCUCUGAGUUGAUUCUUAGUGUUAAGGCUGUGUAAAAAAUGAUGAUCUUUUUCUUUCUGGUUAGUGUCUCAUUUUCCUUUCCGUAAUUAGAUGUUUUUUUUUUUUUUGUUUUUUUUAUUAAUUCGAAAUUUAAAUUUCAUCAUGCAACAUAUCAUUAACAUGUCAUUUUGUCUCUGUAUUCAAUGGGAUGGCAGACUGUCGUUUUAGGAUGGAUUUUCAGAGGUAAUGUUGAAAGACAAGUAGGAAGCCAUUUCUAACACAGCCGCUGUUCUUAAGUCUGCCUGUAGUGUUCAAUAAAGUUAGGAGGGAUUUUUUUUUUUUUUU